AUGGCAUCCAAAGCCACAGCAUACUCAGUUCUUGUAUUGAGGCUCCUCACUCUCUUAGCUUCAAUUGCUUGUAUGGUUGUAAUUGUUACCGAUAAAAUCACAUUUGGUGAAGUUACUGCCGACUCAACUUUCAAGGCUCUCAACGCAUAUAGGUACCUGCUUUCCGUUGCUGUUAUAGCUUCAACCUACAGUUUGUUGCAGUUUCCUUUCACUGUAUAUUACGCGUCGAAAGAGAAAAGGCUGAUCCACGGCCAAUUUUUGCCCGAGUUCGACUUCUAUGGAGACCAGGUCAUAAGCCUUCUUCUUGCGACUGGUGUUGGUGCCGGUUUCGCUGUGAGUUGUGAAUACAAGAAAUUUCUUGACGCUUUGUAUGAACUCCUUGCGUCAAUGAAUUUUACUGGACUUGAACAAUCGAAAUCCAGUACUGAAGAGUUUCUUGACAAGGGGAAUAUUGCAGCUGGUCUUCUGCUCAUAGCAUCUCUUUUUAUGGCCGCACUUUUGAUAAUCUCGUCGAAUAAUCGAACCAAAAUCAAUGGCUUCUUCGCAUUAGGUUGAUUCUCCCAAUUCCAGAUUGAAGUGCAUUUUUUUUUUUGAUUCCCCUGAAUGUGAAAACUAAAAUUGGUUCCAACUACUAAUGUUUGUAUGAAAAUCAAAUGGAAUAUAGUCGGCCUACCAGAAAAAAAU